AUGAACAAGACUGAACCGCUCCCAGCUACCAUGGAUUCAUCUUCUGCACUUCCGGGCCGGCCUCGCCAAGGCUCGGGUCCCCUGCUAAGUCCCUCUGUAAGUGGUGUAACACCAGAUGAUAGCGACCAGGGGCCCCCAACAACACACAAAAUACCACGUUCUACACUCCAAGGGUCUGAAACGAUUUUGAUCAUUGAUGGGAUACUUGAGAGAUUGAAUAUAGCAAAUUCCUCUAUAAAGCAACAAGUUUAUAGUCUUCAGACAAUUAGAACCAGCUUUGAAAAUGAACAAGAACUACGAUCUCAAGAUGGGGCGUUUCAACCUUUCGGAUACUCAAAUAGUGAACAUCAGAACCCGCAACAUCUGGAUAUUGAUAUACAAUCUUUCGAUAUACCAAUCACGGAGACCUUGAACUCCUUAUUCGAAGAAUACGAAGAUAUGAUGAACAUGUUGCGUCGCUGGUUGCCAGCAAAUCGGUCGCGUCCGGAACGCCCCGAGCCUCGAGAUUUCAGUCGUCAUUCUCGGCUGUUAGACGGUCAUAUUGAUAUCGAAGUAGAUUCUGGUCAGGGUUCAUGGUUCUCUCGUGUUUUUACAAAUAUAGGCCUAAGAAGGCUCUGGGGUCGAUAUGUUGGACGCAGAGAUGAUCCGAGAACGCAUGAUCCUCCAUUCACUAUAACUUCACGGAGGGUUCUAGCUCUGAUGGGCCUCCCAGUCGAGGUCCUCGCUCUCAUAAUCGAUCAAAGCAUCCUAGAUGAUAGGGACAGAUUGAGAUUCGGCGCAACUUGCGCACGAGCUAUGUCGGUUUCAUUACCAGUGAUGUAUAAAUACGCUAUGGUGAGAUAUCCAAUCAAAAAGCGGCCACUCAACGAGACACUGAAGCUCGUAGGGCACAUGGUAAGAGAGUUGAUUAUCUAUAUGCCACCAGAGGUUGAACCCGUCCGCAAUGAGGACGAGUACAUUGAUCCAUUUGAAAUAUUCGACAAGAUGACUGGCCUAACUGCAUUGACCGUUUACUUUGACUCCCCAAUCUCUCCAGUCGAAGUUUCGGCUCUCAUGAAGUAUUUUCUGCGAACAAAAGACAGACUUUCCCACGUGACCCUCGAUAUCGCUGAAUUACGCCAUCCACUCGCGGCCUACGAAUCACGAACAGUAUAUCAAGCAAGUAGAGCGGCAGAGGUUUUGAGAGCAAAUGGUACAUAUAAAACGGGGGCAAAAUUGGAUGGGAUAAGUUUCUGUAUCCAGCAAUCACCGCCAGAUACUUCGGCAGCCGCUGUUCGUGAGGUUUUCACGGGAUAUUGUGAUCCUGCAAUGUACCUCCGAAUCCUCCCAUACAUAAGGAAUCGCGAGACGCUAAACUUAACACCAUUCCGCUCUCGAAAGGCCGAUCUCCUCCAAUAUGUCGUUCGUGACGGUAUGAAUGUCUCUAUUUACGAACCGGCACUCCAGGCUGUAGCCGACCUGACAUCUUUGAGGCAUUUGAGAGUUUUUGCAUACACCAAAGCCCAAUUCAUAUUAGACAACAUGAGGGGCUCUUCAGAUUCAGACCACCGGCUCCCAUUCACUAAUUUACGUACAUUGCACUUCGACUGCGUCCAACCAGUUCCACCAGAUGAAAGUUUUUUCCACAACGCCGACCUUCAAAAUCAGUUCUUUCAACGAGCGUCACGAAUAAUCCAAGGUGUCCCAAAGCUGGUAGUUUUAAGUUGUAUAGAAAGAGUAGAUGGGUUCAAUUUUGAACUCCGCGUACUCCAGGGUCCAGGCGGAGCUGGUAAUUGGGUAACCACACAAACAAGGGCAUGGUUAUAG